GGGGCCGGGCCGGGACUGCGCGCUCGCCUGCCGCGCUCUGGGCCGCCGGAGCGAGCGGCCGGACCUCGCGCCCCGCGCGCCCUGCGCCCCGCCGCAGCCGGCUUUUGUUGUCUCCGCCUCCCCUGCCGCCGGCGCCUCCGGACCGCGAGCCGAGUGCGCCGGGACCUUGGCUCUGCCCUUCGCGGGCGGGGGCUGCGCGGGCUCGGCCGGGGGUGCUGCCGGCCCCGCCAUGGAGCUCCGGGCCCGAGGCUGGUGGCUGCUGUGCGCGGCCGCCGCGCUGGCCGCCUGCGCCCUCGGGGACCCUGCCACCAAGAGUCGGAGCUGCGGCGAAGUCCGCCAGAUCUACGGAGCCAAGGGCUUCAGCCUGAGCGACGUGCCCCAGGCGGAGAUCUCGGGUGAGCACCUGCGGAUCUGCCCCCAGGGCUACACCUGCUGCACCAGCGAGAUGGAGGAGAACCUGGCCAAUCGCAGCCGGGCCGAGCUGGAGGCCGCCCUCCUGGACAGUGGCCGCGCCCUGCAGACCACACUCGCCACCCAGCUGCGGGGCUUUGACGAUCACUUCCAGCGCCUGCUGAACGACUCGGAGCGGGCGCUGCAGGAGGCCUUCCCGGGCGUCUUCGGGGAGCUGUACACACAGAAUGCCAGGGCCUUCCGGGACCUGUACGCCGAGCUGCGCCUCUACUACCGCGGCGCCAGCCUGCACCUGGAGGAGAGCCUGGCCGAGUUCUGGGCCCGCCUGCUCGAGCGCCUCUUCCGGCAGCUGCACCCACAGCUGCUGCUGCCCGACGACUACCUGGACUGCCUGGGCAAGCAGGCCGAGGCGCUGCGGCCCUUCGGGGAGGCCCCCCGCGAGCUGCGCCUGCGCGCCGCCCGCGCCUUCGUGGCCGCGCGCUCCUUCGUGCAGGGCCUGGGCGUGGCCGGCGACGUGGUCCGGAAGGUGGCCCAGGUGCCCCUGGGCCUGGAGUGCUCGCGGGCCGUCAUGAAGCUGGUCUACUGCGCCCACUGCUUGGGCGUGCCUGGUGCCCGGCCCUGUCCCGACUACUGCCGCAACGUACUCAAGGGCUGCCUGGCCAACCAGGCCGACCUGGACGCCGAGUGGAGGAACCUUCUGGACUCCAUGGUGCUCAUCACAGACAAGUUCUGGGGCCCGGCGGGCGCGGAGAGCAUCAUGGGCAGCGUGCACCUGUGGCUGGCAGAGGCCAUCAGUGCCCUCCAGGACAACAGGGACACGCUCACGGCCAAGGUCAUCCAGGGCUGCGGGAACCCCAAGGUGAACCCCCAGGGCUCCGGGCCUGAGGAGAGGCGGCGCCGGGGCAAGCUGGCGCUGCCAGAGAAGCCGCCCACAGGCGUGCUGGAGAAGCUGGUCUCUGAGGCCAAGGCCCAGCUCCGAGAUGCCCAGGACUUCUGGAUCAGCCUCCCAGGGACGCUGUGCAGUGAGAAGCUGGCCACGAGCACGGCCAGUGAUGACCGCUGCUGGAAUGGCAUGGCCAAGGGCCGGUACCUCCCCGAGGUGAUGGGCGACGGCCUGGCCAACCAGAUCAACAACCCCGAGGUGGAGGUUGAUAUCACCAAGCCCGACAUGACCAUCCGCCAGCAGAUCAUGCAGCUGAAGAUCAUGACCAACCGUCUGCGCAGCGCCUACAACGGCAACGACGUGGACUUCCAGGACGCCAGUGACGAUGGCAGUGGCUCAGGCAGCGGCGACGGCUGCCCAGACGACAUCUGCGGCCGGAGGGUCGGCAAGAAGAAUUCCAGCUCCCGGACCACCCUGACCCACGCCCUUCCCGGCCUGUCGGAGCAGGAGGGCCAGAAGACCUCGGCCGCGGGCUGCCCCCAGCCUUGCCCGUCCCUCCUGCUCCUCCCCGCCCUCACCCUGCUCCUCUCAGCAGCCAGGCCCCGGUGGCGGUAACUGCCCCGGCCCCAGGGACCGAGGCCAAGGACUGACUUUGCCAAAACUCGAAACAGACAAUAUUUAACUCUCGGCCUAGAGGCCCCGGGGCGGGACAGGAAGGGACAGCAAAGGACCAGGGCUCUGUGCCUGUCCUGGGGCGGGGCAGGUGGCGCUGGCCCCCUAGGCCGCCCUGCUUUCAGUUUUGUAUGAGGCCCUCAGGUCAGCCGGGAGCAAUGCCCCCAAAAGCCAUGCAUUUCAGGGACCUCGGGCAUGCGGUGGCCGUCUCUCCUCACGGCAGCAGCCCCGAGGCCUGUGAGGAAGCAGCCCUGAGCACAGUCCCGCUGGAGCGUGUGUGCGAGCCUGUGCCUUCCCCUCCCACCUCCCCCGCUGAGCACUCAGGGCUCCAGGUGUCAGAAAGCAGGGCCACCCCUCAGUGCCCAAGAAUCCCCGAGGGGGCAUCAGGGCUCCCGCUGUCAGGGGUCUUGCACAGCCUCUUGAGAUUCUGCACGGACCCUGGCCCCCCGGGCCCCCCAGCAUCAGGGCGAGCCUGGCUGGCGAGGCUGGCCCUAGGAAGGCACCGUCACUGAUGGGUCUGUCCAGAUGUCAUCGUCACCAGAGAGCAGCUGCGAGGCUGCUUGGACGCACAGCCACGUCACCUCUGGGCUCUGUUCUCAGCCGCGUCUCGGUGGCACUGGGCCGUGGUCCCGGCCGUCCUCGCGGGGCCGGCAGCUCCUCCUGUCCCCACCCAGGCCCAGGGCCAGGUCCCAGCUCAGGGCAGCACAGGCCAGGGUGGCAGGUGACCCAUGGCUGCCAACACUGGCCACACGGGUGCCUGAUGAAACUUCAGCUCAGGGCCAGCGAGACCCAGCACUGCAGGCUGGAGGGACGCCUGGGUCCCUUCCCUGACCCCGUGCACUGCAGGGGGCCCAGGCAGCGUGGACAGUCGAGGGCUUUUCCAGCCGCGCGUACUCUGCAAGCGUUUCCCCCUUUUCUCUGAGAGCUGCUUUCUCAGCUUCUCGCAAGUAGCUUCUGAAGGACCCAGCAGCCUUCCGCAGCCUGGGACCUGGGCGCACUCCGGCCCAUGCAGAUGCUCGAGGCCCCUCCCCAGGACUGGGGGCCCUCCCCCCUGGGCCCUCCCCUCUGCAGGCCCUGGGGAGGGGGCUGGGGCCCUGCCAGAGAGGGGCUCAGGUUGGGGAGGGUGGGCCUCGAGGGCCUGGGGGACACAGAGCCACGGGGCCGGGGAGAGUGGUCCUGACCAGCACUGGGGCCUGAAGAAGCCUGCUUAGCGCUGCUUUGCUUCUCCUCAUGGGGUUGGGAGGCCCCACGGCCGCUGGUCAGGGCCCCUUGGACGUGUUGGGUCCAGGGCCCCGAGCCUGCACUUCACCAGGCAGCCCAGUCCCGCAGGCACACCUGCCCCCUCUUCACCCUGUCAGUGCUGGGGUGGGGGCCUGGGCCUGGAGCCUCCUCUGCAGGUGAGCACCAGCUGGACUCAGGGGCUAGAGUGGGGAGUGGCUGCCCGUGUGACAUGUGGUCAGCCCCAGUGGGGCCUGCACUCGGGCCCUGCCCCACAUGCAUCUCUGGAAAGGGCGGCCCUGCCACGUCACUGGCCAGGCCGCAGCCAGGCCAGGCCUGCUGUCAGUAGACGAUGUGUGUUCUUUGAGUCCUCGUAUGAAUAAAAGGCUGGAGACCGCG